AUGGCUGACGCUCUUGCUCACCUCGACAACCGUACCAAGCUAGAAUGGUCGGCUUCGUUGAGAACCGACUAUGUCCCCAAGAAGGUUCACCGCCGCACUAGUAUCAUCUGCACCAUCGGACCCAAGACAAACUCGCCAGAGAAGAUCUCUAUGCUCCGCAAAGCCGGUCUCAAUGUUGCCCGCAUGAACUUCUCCCACGGCUCCUAUGAGUACCACCAGUCUGUCAUCGACAACGUCCGUCAAUCCACCAAGGACCUGCCCGGUCGUCCUGUCGCUAUUGCCCUUGAUACCAAAGGACCUGAGAUUAGAACGGGUAACACACCCGGCGACGGCGAUAUCCCCAUCAAGGCCGGUCUGGAGCUGAACCUGACAACCGAUGACAAAUAUGCCACUGCCAGUGACGACAAGAAUCUGUAUGUGGACUACAAGAACAUCACCAAGGUCAUCGAGCCCGGCAAGCUUAUCUACGUUGAUGACGGCAUCCAGUCAUUUGAGGUCUUGAACGUAAUCGACGAAAAGACUAUCCGCAUCAAGGCCCUCAACAAUGGCAAUAUCUCCUCGCGCAAGGGUGUCAACCUCCCAGGCACCGCGGUGGACCUGCCGGCUCUGUCCAAGAAGGACAUUGCCGAUCUCCAGUUUGGUGUCAAGAACAACGUCGACAUGGUCUUUGCUUCGUUCAUCCGCAGCGGCGAUGACAUCAAGCACAUUCGCAAAGUCCUUCGCGAAGCAGGAGAUGACAAGGACCACAUCCAGAUCAUCGCCAAGGUCGAGAACCAGCAAGGUGUCGACAGCUUCGACGAUAUUCUGAAGGAGACUGACGGUGUCAUGGUCGCUCGUGGUGAUCUCGGUAUCGAAAUCCCAGCUCCCAGUGUCUUCAUCGCGCAGAAGAUGAUGAUCGCUAAAUGCAACUUGGCCGGCAAGCCUGUUAUUUGCGCCACGCAGAUGUUGGAAUCGAUGACCACCAAUCCUCGACCUACUCGUGCCGAGGUUUCCGACGUUGCCAACGCUGUUCUCGAUGGAUCGGACUGUGUCAUGUUGUCUGGUGAGACAGCUAAGGGUAACUACCCGAAGGAGGCUGUCACCAUGAUGCACGAGACCUGUCUGCAAGCUGAGGUGGCUAUCCCAUACGCCAAUGCCUAUGACGAACUCCGCAAUGCCUGCAAGCGGCCCAUCGACCCCAUGGAGUCUAUCGCCAUCUCUGCCGUGGGUGCCAGUAUGGAGUUGAGCGCUGGUGCGAUCUUGGUCCUAACCACUAGUGGUCAAUCAGCUCGGAUCGUGUCCAAAUACCGACCAGUCUGCCCCAUCAUCAUGAUCACUCGCAACGAGACAGCUUCACGCUAUGCUCACUUGUACCGCGGCGUCUACCCAUUCCACUUCAAGGAACCCAAGCCUGACUUCAAGAGCACCGACUGGCAGGAGGACGUGGAUCGACGUCUCAAGUGGGGUAUCAGCCAGGCCAUCAAGCUGGGUGUCCUCACACAAGGCGACAGUGUGGUCUGCGUGCAAGGCUGGCGCGGUGGUCAGGGUCAUACCAAUACCAUUCAUGGUCGGGAAAAGGCGGAGGACAAAGAUACGGUCGGACAGUUCUUCGAUACUCCCAAUAAGUCGAAGCGGUUCAUCGUAUCUCCUCCGACCUCACCGGGUCUGCCCAAGCGUUUGAGAAAGGGAAGCAUCAUCUGA